UUUUUCUUCUCCCCGCCACCCGUCUUCCUCAAGCUUGGAAAAUUCUUGGGGCGCUGGGGGAAUUUGGGAUUUUUUUCUAAGGGGGGGUGUCUGGGCAUCUCCCCCCCGCGCCCGCUGCCGUGCUCCACCUGCCCUUGCGCCUUUUUUCUUCUUUUCCCGUCUGUCUCUCCGCUAAACCCGGGCUGAUGUGCUGUGCGAGAGGCUGGAAAUGGAAGUGUUGAUGCUCUGGCUUUUCCCCUGGAUAUUUCAGUGCGUUUCGGUGCGGGCGGACUCCAUCAUCCACAUUGGUGCCAUUUUCGAAGGCAAUGCUGCCAAAGACGACGAGGUGUUCAAGCAGGCGGUGUCGGAUCUGAACCUCAAUGACGACAUCCUCCAGAGCGAGAAAAUCACUUACUCCAUCAAGCUCAUAGAGGCCAACAACCCCUUCCAUGCGGUGCAGGAAGCCUGUGACCUGAUGACCCUGGGGAUCUUAGCAUUAGUGACGUCCACUGGUUGUGCCUCGGCCAACGCCCUGCAGUCCCUGACGGAUGCCAUGCACAUCCCACACCUUUUUGUACAGCGCAACACGGGAGGCUCCCCACGCACAGCCUGCCACCUGAACCCCAGCCUGGAGGAAGAGGAGUACACGCUGGCCGCCCGACCACCGGUCCGCCUCAAUGAUGUUAUGUUGAAACUGGUCACGGAGCUGCGGUGGCAGAAAUUCAUAGUGUUUUAUGACAGCGAUUAUGAUAUACGUGGACUGCAGGGAUUUCUCGAUCAGGCCUCAAGACUGGGACUUGAUGUAUCAUUACAAAAAGUGGACAGGAACAUCAGCAGAGUCUUUGCCAACCUUUUCACUACCAUGAAAACAGAAGAGCUGAACCGCUAUCGGGACACACUGCGAAGGGCUAUCUUACUUCUAAGCCCACGGGGAGCCCAGACUUUUAUUAAUGAGGCUGUGGAAACCAACCUUGCAUCAAAGGAUAGCCACUGGGUCUAUGUAAAUGAGGAAAUCACUGAUAAUGAAAUAUUAGAGUUGGUACAUAGUGCUCUGGGGAGGAUGACAGUUAUCCGGCAAAUUUUCCCUCUCUCAAGGGACAACAAUCAGAGGUGCAUGAGGAACAAUCACCGAAUAUCUUCACUGCUGUGUGAUCCACAAGAAGGCUAUCUUCAGAUGCUGCAGGUUUCCAACCUGUACCUGUAUGACAGUGUGCUCAUGCUGGCCAAUGCUUUCCACAGAAAACUGGAGGACAGGAAAUGGCACAGCAUGGCAAGUCUGAACUGCAUGAGGAAAUCCACCAAACCUUGGAAUGGAGGACGAUCCAUGCUAGAGACUAUUAAGAAGGGCCAUAUAACUGGGCUUACUGGUGUUAUGGAGUUCAGAGAAGAUGGCGCCAACCCCUAUGUUCAAUUUGAAAUACUGGGCACUAGCUACAGCGAAACAUUUGGCAAGGAUGUGCGGAGGUUGGCAACGUGGGACUCUGAGAAAGGACUGAAUGGUAGCCUACAAGAACGACGUCUGGGCAAUGACUUGCAAGGAUUGACACUCAAAGUGGUGACUGUCUUGGAAGAACCUUUUGUGAUGGUGGCAGAGAACAUACUUGGGCAACCAAAACGAUAUAAAGGAUUUUCCAUUGAUGUCCUGGAUGCACUUGCCAAGAAUCUGGGCUUCAAGUAUGAGAUAUAUCAAGCUCCUGAUGGCAAAUAUGGACAGCAGCUCCAAAACAGCUCCUGGAAUGGCAUGAUUGGAGAACUCAUUAACAAGAGAGCAGACCUAGCCAUCUCAGCCAUCACUAUAACACCAGAACGAGAGAGCGUUGUGGACUUCAGCAAGCGGUACAUGGACUAUUCUGUGGGGAUCUUAAUCAAAAAGCCUGAAGAGAAAAUCAACAUCUUCUCUCUCUUUGCUCCUUUCGACUUUGCGGUGUGGGCUUGCAUUGCUGCAGCCAUCCCUAUAGUUGGUGUCUUGAUAUUUGUCUUGAACCGGAUCCAGGCAGUCAGGGCGCAGAACGCUUCCCAGCCAAGCCCUUCUGCUUCCUCCACCCUUCACAGUGCCAUCUGGGUCGUGUACGGUGCUUUUGUUCAGCAAGGGGGCGAAUCUACUGUCAAUUCUGUGGCUAUGCGCAUUGUAAUGGGAAGCUGGUGGCUCUUCACCCUUAUCGUGUGCUCUUCCUACACAGCAAACUUAGCAGCAUUUCUCACAGUAUCAAGGAUGGAUAAUCCCAUAAGAACAUUUCAGGAUCUGUCCAAACAAAUGGAUAUAUCUUACGGUACAGUCAGGGAUUCAGCAGUGUAUGAAUACUUUAAAGCAAAAGGGACCAACCCUUUGGAGCAGGAUAACACAUUUGCUGAACUGUGGAGGACUAUCAGUAAGAAUAAUGGGGCAGAUAAUUGUGUAUCGAACCCUUCUGAAGGCAUCAGGAAGGCAAAGAAAGGAAACUAUGCUUUCCUGUGGGAUGUGACGGUGGUGGAAUACGCCGCGCUGACGGAUGACGAAUGCUCUGUGACAGUAAUUGGAAACAGCAUCAGCAGCAAAGGAUACGGGAUAGCACUCCAGCAUGGAAGCCCCUACAGAGAUCUUUUCUCCCAGAGGAUCCUAGAGUUGCAAGAAAGCGGAGAUUUGGAUGUUCUUAAACAGAAAUGGUGGCCACGGAUGGGACGUUGUGACCUGAAUAGCCAUACCAAUGCACAGACAGAUGGGAAGGCACUCAAGCUUCACAGUUUUGCAGGCGUUUUCUGCAUUUUAGCAAUAGGCCUUCUUCUUGCAUGCUUGGUGGCAGCAUUGGAGUUGUGGUGGAACAGCAACCGUUGUCAUCAAGAAACACCAAAAGAGAGCAGAUACAGCAUGGGCAGCAGCAGUGCAAACUUCCCCACAUUGCCCCACCAAUGUGCCUCAACCCUGACCUGGAGAGACCACCUUUAGGGGUAAGAGAGUAGUUCAGAAACAUGCCCUUGGCCUCUCUGCUGUGGGUGACGGGGAGGCCAGUCACGGGCACCCAGUUGGGCCAUCUGCGGUAAUGUUUUCUCUGAUCUGAGACCCUAUCCAUCAGCUGUGAGAACCAUGUCCAUCCUGCACAGGCUAUGCAGCUGCCAGCCAGCUGGUAGCUCUUUUCCUUCAUGGCUGACCUAGGCUGAGUUUGAAGAGGUACACAAGCAAUUAAAAAUAAACCAGUUAGUUAUUAAUUGAAUACGCCAUAUUGCCAUGACACUGUUUAAAUGCUUCCUUUCUUUUGAAAUCAGUUUUAUUUCUAAAAGUAGGAGCCUCUGAGUAAACUGACCUUCAUAUGACAUAUUUUACCUAGGAAAAUACAUCUGAGAAUUUCUUAUUUUUGAAGUUUUCAUGCACAGCAGUGAGUAAGAGUUAGCAAUGCUAUGAUAGAAUAACCAGUCCAUACUCAGAUCUGUCUUGCAUGAAGCCUGUAUUUGUUUACAUAGAUUAAAUGUUUAACAAACUAACCUCUUGUAAUUUUGGAGACACUGAGGUAUUUGUAGGUGCUUUCAUCUUGGAACAGAUGUUUGUUACAAGCAAAUAAUAGCAGUGAGCUGCACUACAGCUGGAAAAUAGUACAUAGCCCAUCAAUUCCAAUCUAUGUUUCUCAAGUUGCCAAGAGUACUACACUAAUUGACAUACCUAUCACCUGUAAGCAAUUCUGGCAAAUGUGAUCUGAAGAUAUAUGCUGCAGUCUGUAAUGUUGUGAAAUAUUUAUCAGUAAGAUUACAUUCUUCUGAGUUCCUGCUUCUCCCAUUUGAAUUCAUCCAUCAAGUGCUCGGUGAUAAACAUCUGUACCAUGUUUGUGGGACAAAGCUGCAAAGUCACCCGUCUGUGGCUCCACAACAUAACAACAGCGAAAGGGAAAUUUUGGCAAAAGUAAGCAAGUCUCCGCUUUGCACAAUGCAGCACUCCAAAAGCAGGCACAGGGAGAGCACAAGUAGGUACUCUUAUGAAAGCUUAUAAAGAAGCUUUCAUAUGAACAGAAGUGCAUGUUUAAUUGCUCUUUGGUUAAAUACCGUAGCAUUUUGCCCUGCUGCCUUGUAGAAGUCGCUCCUGCUGUAACUCCAAAGGCCCCACCCCGCGUUAGCAUUGCUAAGGCCUAAACCCUAGCAGUAGAUGGUUCACUGCCCACUGUGAAAGCCCGGCAGGGCAAGGGGCAGGGACGUUGUCUGAAGUAUCCUCAUGCUUCGUGUGCACAAGCAUUCAUCUUGCCAUAUUCGGCAGUGCGUUCCCCUCUCUACGCUCAGGGACUCGCCUUUGUGCAUCUUUGUAGAGUGAGAUGAGAAUAUGCCUCAAAGGCAGUUUCAUAUAGGCAAGGUGAAAUAAUUCAUUCUUUUAUUGCAAGGAGUUUUAAAUACCCAGUUUCCAUCUCAGAAAAAGGAUCCGUCUUCCUGAGUUUAAAUAUUUUCUUUUUGCCCACCCCCUUCAUUUCUCUUUUUAUAACUGUAAGAAGGAUUAUUACAGAUCCCUGCCUACCCCAUCCCAUCUUUUCUGCCCUUCCCGUCCCUCUCCUCCUCCUCCCUUUUCCCUCCAGCACGUUCUCGAUUCGCGUUUCUCUGUACAUCCUCUUUUGCAGUUUCUGUGACAAACAAUAGAAUACUUUCAAGCUUCCAUUUUUAAAAGUAUACUAAAAUCACCCAUAUGGUAAAGCUGGACUUGGGAAGAUCACCCGUGGGGGGGGGCUGGGUCUGCCCUUAUGGUGCAGCUGGUCUGGGUUAAGGGAGGCAAAUUAAACUCAGGCACAGCGCACACAAACAGGCUCAGAAAAGGUCAGCGAUGUGAGUGCUACAGAGAGAGCGGGCAGGUUCAGUGGGAGCCCUGGCACAAGUAGGUGUUAAGGUUGAAUGAGAAAGUGCGUGUUCCUGAGGAGCGGGCCCAGGGAUGAUGAGGGCUCACAGGCCGAGCCGGCGAGGAGGAAAGCGUAGGGAGCAUAUGUGAGGCAGGCGGGAUGGAACAUAACGAGGGGUCCCCGAAAAAGGUCAGCUGGGUGCAAUGAAAGGCAGGCAGCUAGAAGCACCUUUGGAUCAGGUCAGAGCAGCCAGAGGGAAGGGCGACUGCCGCCCAGUGCCGUGGGUGGGCAGCGUCUUCUGGGAUCCUCUGCUUAAACGUGACACAGCCACGUUGUUGUGACCAUCUGAGCUCGUUUUCUCUCGGCCCCUCUGCAGAUCGGCCCGUGUAACACACUAACCGUAACCUGAGCUCUAAACGCGCGCCCAGGGCCGGCCCAGCCCCCGCAGGCAGCAGCCGAGGGCCCUGGCCCUGGUCCCGGCCGGGGGUCCCGGCCCCGGGGCCGCGGCGGCUCCGGCCCCUCGCCCCGGGCCGCGCAGCGGGCGGGCCCGGGGGCAGCGCGCCGCCUUCUGAUUGGCCCGGGCGGCCGGGACCCCUGGAAAGCAGAAGCGGCUACGUGACCGGCGGGCCCGCGGCGAAUGGCCGCCCGCCCGGCGGGAAGGUGCGCAGGGGGCUGGGGGUAGCGGGCUGCAGUCACAGUGACCACAACAUCCACUCGGAUAAAUUAGCAAACGAACGUAGCAGAUAUUUCUUGGGAGAUUAGUGGGCAGCAAUAUUUUAUUUACUUACUACUAGUGAGGAGGGAUUGAAGAGGGAUUGCUGAUGGCCACUGUCAUUAAGAUAGGAAACCAAAUUUCAGAAGAGGUGGUGUAGAUUGGUUGAAGUUUUUCAACGUAUUCACGAGAACCAAGUUUCAAAACUUUGGGAAGGACAGGAUCCAGGGAUGAGGGGAGCAUUGAGUCCUGGAGACUCCUCUGCUUGAGUCAGGAACAAUGGCUGAGCAUUGCUUAGGGGACCAAAAGCAAGAAGAAGAUUUGAUCUCCGGGAGGAGUGUGUUUGGGAUAUCCCAUUUCUGUCACUGUGUAUUAUCCAGCAUUUCUACAGCAAUACCCAUAAUAACAGAGCUACAGCAUGCAUAGCACAUGCAGAACAUUAAAAUCUGCCUCUUGGGUGCAUCUGAUACUCCAGCCAAGUCGUUAGUUCAGUAACAGCUGCAAACUUUAGUCAUGCUGCUGAUUUUCUGCUUUUGGGAAGGCUUUGGUAAAACACGAGUUCUGUGAUACCAUCAAAAAAAUGUGGGAACUGGAUUAUCUUCCAACCAUUUUCUUCUGUGAAGUGCAGAGCUUGUGGAGGGUCACAGAAAGGGCUGAUUUUCUUGCAGCCUAAGAUUAGACUUUGGUGUCACCUCAUCCACAACUCACCUCAUGAGGCAAAGGACAAGGAGGCAGUGUUGGGCUUCUGUGUGACCCUUACCCUGUUAGGAGCUUUAUAAAUCCAUUGUAGAAAAUUACAGCGGAUUCAGGAUCAAAUGAGGAGUUGUCAUGACUUGUAGAGCCCUUGUGUAACAUUCUGUCUUUGGCUUGACCCACUUGGUAGGCGGUAUCAUGCCAACAAUUGCCAACUCAAAAACCAGACAGAUGUUGGGAAGAUGGAUGCACGACUGCUGUGGCAGAUUUAUGACAGGGUUGGACGGCCAUGCAGCUUGCUGGAGAGAGAGAGAAAGGAUUUAUUUAGAGACUGUCGUUUUGUAUGUCAAGGGUCUGUGAAGUCUGUGGCUGGAAGAACAUGCACAGCCUUCAUUAGCAUUGGAGAAAUGUUUUCAGCUGACAUUAAGGUGUUGAUAUUUGCCAGUUUGUUGUCUUUUCGUCUUCCACUUUGUAUUCCUUUGGCUUUUGUGGGGGUUAGCCUGAGCCAAUACAUUGAGGUGUUCAAGGACUUGAAUGUCUGUGUGCUAUAAAUCACAACUCUUAAUUACAAUGAGUGUGAAAAACAUAGUGUUAACUAUGUAACUGGGAGGAACAAGAAGCCUAUCUUUUGAAACCCAACAGCGUAACUUGGACUUUGACAUGAAACUGAUCUACAUUUGUAGAGACUUUAUAGGAAGAGUUAUGUCAGACAGAGACUACUUCCAACUAGAAUAUUUUUUACACUGUUCACAGAUGAAGAAAAUCUGCCCUACUCAAUUAAAAAAAAAGUAUUGUUUCUACCCAUUAAGUCAGUUCAUUAAGAUAAACCUCCAGAAAAGAUGGACUUCCUUUUCUUUCCCAAAACCAUGGUUGACAUUGGUUCACAAUUCUAUCGUGCAAGGAACAGUGAGGUUUCUUGCUAGAAGAGUGAAGGCUGGGUUGAUUUUCAGGAUGUUGAUACAAGAUAUUUUUAUUCUAUUUGAAGCAGAUUUGUAAAAAUGUUUCUAAUGAGUUCUGCUGUAAAAGUCUUAAUGUUAUUCCUUUUAAUUCUUCAUUUAAUCAUUAUCAGAUCAGAUUAACAAAAGAAAGAUUAGCUCCGACAUCAGGAAAAAAUGUAUACCUGCAACACCAUGCUGCAUUCUUCUAUUAGGGCUCAAGUUUGUAAUCUCAUAAAGUUGGAAAGAUAUAUAGAAAGGUUUAAAUGUCCUUAUUAUUUUCUUAAUCAGGAAAAUUUACGUUUGGUCAUCUUUUUCAAAUCAGAUUUUGUAGAAUUUACAAUCAUCCUCUCCUAAAUGUUGUUAAUACCCAGCCAUCCUAUACCCACAGUGAAAUUUAGCCAGCUCAUAUAUCUAUCUCUAUGUGUUAAAAUCUUAAAUUUACACAGCUGCUACUCAGCCUGCAAUACUGAUACCAAAUCUUUUGACUUUGGUAAGCUUCAGAAAUUUGGGGAGUUGUAAAAUAAAAAAGGAAAAUUGAUAUUUAUUCUAGAAUCUCUGUUCAGUCACUCUGUGUCCCUUUUGAAUAGCUGAGCAAUCCGAUAAAUUUAUUGAAACCUGGUACCAUAGAAAUGUUGAGCUUUCAAUAAUUAUCUCUGGAUUUCUAUAUCUUUUGGUAUGAGCCCUAUGCAUUUAUUUCAUGAUAUCAGUAAGCUAUAUAAUUUGGAUCAUUUAACUGCCAAGGGCUUUGCCACAUUAUCGGGUUGUUUGUAUCUUUUAUUCCAUUUGACAGACUGAAAGACAGUUUUCAAAUCUUUGUUGUCAUUAUGAUCAAGUGUAGCUGCUUACUGCGAUGGACUCCCCAGCAUCCUCUGUGCUUUAUCAGCUACGUCUUAUUGUGAUGUACUAUUCCCCUUGAAGAUUAUUACUACUGAGAUCUUUUCAGAACUAUUAAGAAAGCACUCCUAGUUCAUCUGUGUACUAUACUCCAAAACAAUGAAAACUUAGAAGCAAAGAUAAAAUAUCAUAUUAUUCAUGGAAAGAAAGUUAAAUUCCCACAUUUUUUCACUGUGCACAAGAUGUAUUCACUAAAACCAAACCAACGGGCAAACCCACAUCAAAGAAAAUUAGUCACUUAUCCAGGAUGAUUUUUUUGCUGGGAACUGAUAUUUUUUGCAUCUUCCAUAAAAGGUGAUAUUGAUUCACUUAUUGUUUAUAGAGCUCUUGAAAGACAACGUUACAAUGAUCUCAAGGAAUUCUUGGUUUGAUUCUUUCUUAGCUCAGAUAAUACAUAUUAUAAAACAGAAAUGUAUUUUCUCCAAACUGGCUGUGCUACUCCUAGCAAUGUGAGUGUUUCAGAAACUGUAUCUAGUGUGUUUGCAAUUUUGUAGUGCAUGAAGAUUUUGGGUUUUUUACUGGUUAAGGAAUAGCAUAAUUUUCCACCUCCUGAGUUGCUACUAGUCAUUGCCUCAUAACUUGUUUCAAAUUUAUAAUUCAUUAACAAUUACAGUCUUCACAGCUUAGUUUGUGAUUUCUUAACUUUCUCAUGCUUCUGCAAAAUCAUUUUAUUCAACAGACUCUUUUCACUUUUCUGUUCUUACUUUUUAUUUUUAAAUGAUUAAAAGGGGGCAGCAAUUCAGGUACUGUCCAGAGUGGGAGCAGACUUGUGUACUAGUAACAGCAUCUUAUCAUUCCUGUUUUCUGCUAGUCCCGGCUUAAUAAUGUUUUAAAUGUUAUUGAAUCUCAAAAAGUCUAGACUCUGCAAUACUUGCUAGCUCUAUAGGAUAGUGGGAGGUAGCAAAAUUACUCUAAAAAUCAUCACAAAUAUCUUGGCAGUAUGCAGGAUGAAAGAAAGAAAACCUGUAUCUCUGGCCAGGGCAGCCUUGUAUGAUCUGCCUUAAGUUCCCCUGUUUCCAUGUUUGAUGAUAUGCAAAUUCCAGCCUACCUCAAAAAUCCGUAUUUCCAGCUUUAGCAGUCAUUAAAGUUACCCACUAGGACUCUCCUCUGGUAUUAGAAGACUAUGAAACCCACUGUACCGUAGAAGUGGAAAUAGGAGCUAGCAGAUACGAGUCCAAUGGAUCAAAAUUUGUUACUGCUAAGAAUUGUGGUUUGCACCGUAUUCAUCUCACUUAAGUUCUCCAACCAGAUAUUAUUCCAUGGCAGUCAAGGCUUCCGUACCUUCAGCAUGGUGUCAGCAGUGUUGGUUUUGAUUAUUAAAGAGUCUUAUGCUUUCACGAUUAUUUUCACUUUCCUUGUCUUUUUCUUUGUCACUUCAUUUACCUUGUCUCCUUUGUGGUGUUAUCUUUUUAUCUGAAAAUUUUAUUUCCCCCAGGAUGGUUCCUUUUGAGAAUGAAAGGAAACAUGAGAUCAUCAAACUGAUAUUUUAUUUUCCCUUCAUUGCAUGUCCUCUAUAUUUUAUCUUGUUUUUAUUUUAAAUUAUUUUUUUCUGUAUUUUUAUGACAUGUCUGAAAUCUUUGUACAUUUUUUGCUCAGUUGCAUAUAAAUGAUCAUUUGUUUGUAUCACUGUAUUGUAUUCUACUUUUCUAAGAAUAAAUAAAGUUUUUUGGGGAAAAUAAAUCAUGCAAACACUGGCAAAAUAAUGCAUUUUAAUGCCAUCUAGAAAUUCAGUUUCAAACUAGCUUUGAAUAUAAUAUGCUGAGAAACUUCAUUUAACUAGCAUUUUUAAAUCAGCAAAGUGGUGUUAGGAAUCAGUCAUCCCAGAAUGCAAAGUUUAGUGUUGUUUGAUGAUGAAGUAUAAACUGGAAGAAUCAGUUAAAGAGGGGAAAAAAAAAAAAAAAAGGAGGAAGGUAUAAUAUGUAAAUUGCCUUAUACAGAAACUGAUAAUAGCUGGAAGGGCAUCUUAACUAACUCAGUGUUGGCUUUUUACAUGAGUGAAGAAACAAGAUUUUCUCCUUAGAGGUCCCUAGCAGUGAAACAGAUACACUCUAAUAUCUGGUCACAGUGUGCUCAUGCAGAAUCCAAUGAAAUCAGUCAACUCUUGCUAUUGAUCACCAUAGAUUUAGGUCAAGGCUAUAAUGGAUUUAAAAGUGACAUGUCAUCCCCUGAUUAAUGACAUUGGGCCCAGGCUUCUGCUACCCAAAGCAGUGUUGAAACAUUCAAGUUUGGUUCCAUCAUAUUUCCCUAGCUGCAAGGAAGGGAUUUUUGUGUUUGGCUUAAUUUUUCUCAGUCAUAUAAGAAAACCCUGCUAAUAGGAUUCUUAGGGAUAUAAUCUGGAUUUACUUGGCAUGAACCUUGGGGGGUGGGGGGGGCAGAAUACUGAACAGAAAUAAGCUUAAAAAAUGAAUGUUGCCAUGUGGGGAAGUCAGAAAGAAACAACCUGUUUAAAGUUCCAGUUUGGUAAUGAAUUAAGUACUUGCUUAAGUUGGAUUACAUCACCUAUCCCAGAGAACUUCUGUGGCUGCUCAUGUGCUUGGCAUGAGCUUAUGUGUUUUACUGAAUUGGAGCCUUAAUGCAUGAGAUUCUUUUAGAUUCUUCACACAAUGUUUACAGAGCUAAUGUUUGUAUAUUUUAUCUCAGCCUGCAGUGGUAUUUUAAAGUUGACUUUUUGAGGGGGGGGGUUGAAUGUUCAGUAAUAACAAAAUCAGUAAAAGUUUAAAAUAAAAACCAUAAAAUGUGA